CAGGAGAAUGAUCUCUGUAACUUCCACUUUGAUUUGGAUUUGAUGUCUUGGGACUCAGACCUUUGGAAUAUUACAGGCCAUGCUUAUGCAGAUGCAAGCGUGAAGACAGAGCCCUUAUCACCAGCCGCUUCAAAUUGCUCGAUCCCUUCUCCGUCGUCUGCGGACUCUCCGGUGCAGAAUGUGCCUGAUGAUGUGGACUUCAGUUGUAGCUCCCAAAUGUCUCCCAUCUCGCUCUACGGCAAGAGGUGCAGAAGCCCUGCAUCCCCUGAAGGAGGUGGAGGGAAGAAGCCUGCUGUCAGCAUCACUGCUCGGUCUGCAAAUAAUUCUGCAAGGACACCGAAGAAGUGUGGUCAAACAGCAUCUAGGCCUUUGUAACAACCCAACCCGCUCUUGCCAGCCGUACCUGAGCCUCAGGCUAACAUUGGCAUCCCAGCUAAAACCAUUAUUAUUCAGACUCUUCCCACGCUUGUGCCACUGCCAAAACAUCAGCCGGUUGUUAACAUCCAGCCGGCACCUCCUAAAGGUCAGUCAGUGGUGCUCCCCCAGCCCACUGUGGUACAACUCCAGGCUUCUGGGGUGAUUCCUGCCUCCCAGCCAGUCAUCGCUGUCGCUGGAGGGACCACACCACUUCACAACCCUGCGGGCAAUGCCUUGCCUCCAGCUGCUGGAAAUGGCUCAACGAGCAGCAAAAUACCUGUGACUAAACCCUUGCUUCAAAGCACUGCACCGACACUGGGGCUGGAUGUCAGUGUCUUGAGAAGGCAGCAACGCAUGAUCAAAAACCGGGAGUCAGCCUUUCAGUCACGGAAGAAAAAGAAAGAAUACAUGUUGGGACUGGAGGCGAGGCUGGAGGCAGCCUUGCUGGAGAAUGAGAAACUCAAGAAAGAGAACAGCACACUGAAGAGGCAGCUGGAUGAAGUAGUAUUAGAGAACCAGAAGCUCAAAGUAUCAUCUCCAAAGAGGAGGACCCUGUGCGUGAUGGUGAUACUGGCUUUCAUAAUGUUGAAUUAUGGUCCACUGAG